AUGGAGGCAGAUGAACUUACAAGGAAGCUUGAAGCAAUUCGUAAAAUGAACAAGGACGUGUCAACAAGUCUAAGCCAAGAGCGGAGUUGUCCAAGUUCUACUCAACUCACAAUCAACAAAGGGCAGCAGCAGAAUAUUCAACUCACAGAUGAAGAGACUCAAACAGGGCAAGAUGACACAACUUUGCCUUCUCCUGAAACUACCCCACAAAAUGAAAGUGCAAUGUUGGAGCAAGAAAUAUCAACAAAGGGUAAGAGGAUGCCAGGAGUAAAGGCUACAACAAUUGACGAAUUCUUAACGGAAAAUGGGAUAGAUGUGGAAAUUGAAGGACCAAGCACUGAACUAAGUGAAGACGGGGAAGAAAGCAUGGCACUUGAUAAAGACUAUUAUCAACAUGUGAUGGAGGACAUUGAUGAUGAAGAAGGAGAGCCAAAGAAGAAGAAAACCCGUGGAAAAACAACUUGCAAGGAGAUUUAUGCAAGGACUAUGGAACAGCGAGAAGAAAUCACUUUUGAUCUUGGACAGCCCGUAGGACCAACCGACCAAAGUAUUUCUAAUUUAACUAGUUUUGUUGGCACUAUUGGUAGAAAUAAAAGAUUCGUUAGUCUUUUGUAUACUAGUUGGCAUGCUGUUCCUCCUAAAGCUAAGAAGUUCAUGUGGGACUAUAUUAACACCAAGUUUCUCCUCCCAGACAGUGGAGAAAAGUGGGUAAUACAAGCGAUUCGAGAUGCUUGGAAGCGGUUCAAAGGAAAGAUUAAGCAAAAGCACUUCGUUCCCUAUGAUAAUAUUGAAGAUAUGGUGAAGAAUCGACCCCCACAAUCAAUAAGUCAAAGGAACAAGCAACACAAGGAAAAUGUGAAGUUUCCACAUCGCAUGGGGCCUAUCAAUUUCGGAAGAGUACGAGUGGCUAUGGAAGACUUCCAACACCGCCAAGCUGCUGGUGAAACAGAAGAGGUAGCAUUUGAGGCCUUAUUCGGGAAAGAACAACCAGGUCGGAUAAGGUUGUAUGGAAGAUCUGUGACAAAGACUGAUUUAAAAAAAUAUGUUGAAAUUAAUGAAAUCAAGAAUCAGCACAAAGAGGAAGUAUCUAGUCUGAAGGAUAAACUUGGACACAUGGAGGCCCAACAGCAAAAACAAGAGGCCAAACAGCAAAAACAAGACGAAGAGAUUCAUGGGUUGCGAAAUAUGAUCAAGUUAUUACUGCAGCGAUCGGAACCUGGAAUGAGGCCAGAAGAACUAGAAGCUUUAUUACAAGAUGCCCAACAAUCUCCUAUUGAUGCGAAUAGCGGCCAUGGAUCAACACAUUUUCCGAACUUAGAUGUGGAUAACAAUGAAGAUUAA